AUGGCCCCAACAUCGACGUACGAUUUCGAUACUUCUGUGUCCAGAUCAGCCUUUGGAGCCGGGACAAAAUUGGAAGCAGGCAUCUACGUUCCGACCGUGGCUUUCUUCAAAGACGAUGAGGAAGUAGAUAUUGAGACGACGCGCAAGCAUGCUCUAAAAUUGGCCAGCAGCGGCAUAAAAGGCAUAGUCACACAUGGUUCGAACGGAGAAGCCGCACAUUUGAGCCACGAGGAACGUGUGCUCAUCACCCAGACGACCAGGAAAGCUCUUGACGACUCCGGCCACGAUGUGAGACUCAUCGUAGGAUGUGGAGCUCAAUCCACGAGAGAAGCGAUAAAGCUUUGCAAAGAUGCCGCGUCUGCUGGCGGUGACGCGGCUUUGGUCUUACCACCAAGUUAUUUCGCUUCGUUGCUAUCAUCAAAGCUUCUCCUGGACCACUACCGAAAAGUUGCUGAGGCCUCACCGAUCCCCAUCUUGAUCUACAACUUCCCAGCAGUGCAAAGCGGUCUCGAUAUAACGUCUGAUCAAAUCAUCGACUUGGCGCAGCACCCUAAGAUUGUAGGCGUCAAACUCACGUGCGGCAACACAGGAAAGCUGGCUCGGGUUGUGGCUGCUACCAAGAAUUCCAACUUUNUGACCUUUGGAGGAUCUUCCGACUUUCUGUUGCAGACUCUAGCGGUAGGAGGCGCUGGAGUUAUAGCAGGGCUGGCCAACCUCGCGCCAACAACGAAUGUGCGAGCAAUGCAAGCAUAUGAGGCUGGCGAGCUUCAACGAGCACGCGAAAUACAGGAAGUCCUGGCGGAAGCGGACUGGGUCGCGAUCAAAGGCGGAUUCGUAGCUGUCAAGGUCGGGCUCAAUGAUGCCUUUAGCUACGGAGGAGCUCCGAGGUCGCCAUGUGCAAUGCCUGAGGCGAAUGUGCAGUCAGAGAUGACGGCCGGAUUUGCUCGACUGCUCGAGCUCGAGCGUAGUCUCCAGAAGAAGCUGUAG